AUGUCAGAUUGGAGCAUUGAUGUGAUCAAAACUCCAAUAUGCACCACAUCAGAUUGGAGUACAGAUGCCACCCAGACUCCGGUACACAAAGUGUCAGACUGGAGUUUAGAUGUCACCCAGCCUGCAUUUCACUUGCCCACUUCCGAUUGUUGUAUCGAUACCACUCAGAUUUCAGUCCUUGAUGCCUCUGAGUGGAGUGCCAAUUUCCCUCAGACUUCACAACACACAACGUCAGACUGGAGCAUCAAUAAUGGUGAAACUCCAGCCUGCACACAGGCCUCUGUUUCAAGACAAAUAGAGAAUAAUAGAAAGAUGACAACUCAGGUCAUCAAUUCUUGCCACUAUCUGAUCGGUGACAUGCUGGGUGAAGGAUACUUCGGAACUGUGUACAAGGGGCGACGUCUACAUGAUGACUUUAAGGUGGCAGUGAAAUUUGUCACAAAGACAGAAGAUGUGGAAUACAUAAGUAUUUCGGGUCAUUCAGAGCCCCUUCCUCUUGAAGUUGCACUUCUCAUCCUCGCCAAUGGAGAAUCCACUGUUCCAGAAAUAAUCCAGCUUCUGGACUGGCAGGACCAGGAGGAUCAUUAUAUAAUGGUGCUGGAAUACCCUUCACCCUGUGAGGACCUAUUUGGUUUCACAGAAAGCUAUGGAGGAUCCAUUGAUGAAGGUUUAGCGCGUGUUGUUAUGCAGCAGGCAACUCAAGCUGCAUACAUGUGCUGCCGCCAUGGUGUUCUACACCGCGAUAUCAAACUUGAAAAUCUACUGAUCAAUAAGAAGACUCAUAAAGUCAAGUUGAUAGAUUUUGGGUGUGGCGACCUUCUCAAGAAAUCACCAUACAAGACAUUUACCGGUACCGAUGAGUACUGCCCCCCAGAGUUUGAGGAAACGGGUGAGUACAACGGGAAGCCGGCAACAGUCUGGUCCCUUGGCAUCCUCUUGUUCGCAUUGGUGUGUGGAGACUUUCCCAACACUCACGACCUGCACAUGAUCAAUGAGAACAACUACUCCAAAGCUGGCUUGUCCGAUGAAUGCUGUCGGUUGAUUAGUUGCUGUCUCCAGCGAAAGCCAGAGCAGCGGAUUCAACUAAAUGAGAUUCUUCUCCACGAAUGGUUCAAGGACACUGACGUGGAGAACUGA